AUGUCGUCGACUACGUCGGGAGUUACAAUCCUCCCCGAUACCCAUAGCCACUUCAACGGGAAAAACUAUGCCUCGUGGAAACUUCAGCUUACUGAACUAUUGAAGGGGAAAGGAUUGUGGGGGUACAUAGAAGGUACUAUACCCUGCCCUGCCGCCUCUGCGACUUCCGCGAGUGGACCAACAACUACUCCACUACCACCAGACCCCACACCAAUCUACUCUUCGAGCCCUUCCCACGACGAAUGGACGUUCCGUGAUCAGCUAGCUCAUUCCCACAUUGUUCUCAAUGUUCUUGACCCUAUCGGACUAGGGGUAAGGACUGACGGGACAGCGAAGGAAUGUUGGGAUUCUAUCAUCGCUGAACACGCCAAGAAGACUGACAUGGCUCUCUCCGAGGCUGAGACAUCCUUGAAUGCAGUCAAAUUUGAUGGCAAUGGUGAUAUUGAUGCCCAUGUUGCAGAGCUCCGUACAAAGAGACGUGCCAUUAAUGAUCUUCGUGCCACCCCCCUCACAGACCAGGAAUUCCGCGGUAUCAUUAUUCGCUCGAUUCUCCCAAUGGCCAACUGGAUGCCUAUCCUCCCAAGCUUGUAUCAGCUGUCUAGCUCCACAGAUAUAAUCUCCCACCUUCAGACCCAUGCUGCUACCUUACGUGCGGCGGGUAAAGGCCCCACACAGUCCCAAGCAUUAGCAGCCGGAUCUUCUACCAUCGGAUGCUCUAAUCCUGGCUGUAAGGCACGAGAUAAGAGCAAACAUACUGCGCAAAACUGCUAUUGGCCAGGUGGGGGAAAGGAGGGACAAUUUCCCCCUAAUUUUGGCUGA